GUGGCAACAUUUUCCCACGCAAUGCACUCUGGGUCGUCAUAUGAAAAUGGCGGACGAAGUUGAGCAGCAACAGAGCAGCAACACGGUCGAAGAGCCGCUGGACCUGAUCCGUCUGAGUCUGGACGAGAGAAUCUACGUCAAGAUGAGAAACGACAGAGAAUUACGGGGCAGACUCCACGCUUACGACCAGCACUUAAACAUGAUACUCGGAGACGUAGAGGAGACGGUGACCACAGUGGAGAUAGACGAAGAAACGUAUGAAGAGUUGUACAAGUCCACGAAGAGGAACAUCCCCAUGCUGUUUGUCCGAGGAGAUGGCGUUGUCCUGGUAGCUCCUCCCCUCAGGGUUGGCUAGCUCCUCCCUCGGCUGCAGUCUUAGGACUCCAUGUACUGCAACCAUCUUUCACUCUCACUGAGGAACAAGACGUGUUCAGCCCUGCUUCAAUUCUCUAAAGAUCCAGCCUUCCUCACUUCCUAAAGCUAAUUCUUAUGGAACACAAUACGAUGGGCGUAAGCAUGGUAUCUUGCUACACUUCUUAUACCCAUCUGUCACACAUACGAUCAGUGAUUUCUGUGAGGAUGGGAGGUUGCAUGUCUAGAGAAUCCAAACAGGGACUUGGUCUUUUGAUGGUGUUUUUGUUGUAAUUCUGACACAUAGAAUCUUCUUUCCUCUUAUGAUUUUGUAUGUUUUAAGUGACUGUUAAAAGCCGAGAGGUCAUGACCCCUCCUCGUCCGGUCGUGACCAUACUUCCUGUUUUGAUUUGAACUAAACAACGGGGGAUCACUGUCCCCAGCUCUUGUGUUAGAAGCCUGGGUCAUCUCUGGGCGGGGGCUAAUUUUAUAUUUUUGUAAAGGUUGUGGAAGCAACGGCGUGGCAGCCCUAUUUUUGGUUGUUUGGUAACUUGUGACACUUGAAUAAUAAAAACCAAAUGGCACAAAGCAGUUUGUAAAGACAA